AUGACUGGUGGUCCAACAUUCAGAUUGCAAAAGAGACUCGCCGCUGACAUUUUGUCUUGCGGUAAGGGAAGAGUCUGGAUUGAUCCAAACGAAUUGUCUGAAGUUUCUCAAGCUUCCUCAAGAAAUACCAUCAGAAAGUUGGUUAAGGAUGGUAUCAUCAUCAGAAAGCCUGUUGAAAUCAGAACCAGAUACAGAUGGAGAAAGAGAAAGGAUGCCAAGCUCGAAGGUAGACACAUGGGUAUUGGUAAGAGAUUCGGUUCAAAGGACGCCAGAAAUCCAUCCAAGCUCCAAUGGUUGAAGAGAAUGAGAGUCGAAAGAAAGUUGUUGAAGAAGUACAGAGACAACGGAAAGAUCGACAAGACUUUGUACCGUGAAUUGUACGCUAAGGUCAAGGGUAACGUCUUCAAGAGCAAGAGAAUUUUGAUGGAACACGUCUUCAAGGCUAAGGCUGAAAUUAUCCGUGAACAACGUAUCAAGGAACAACUUAAGGUCAAGAAGGAAAAGCAAGAUAAGAUCAAGCAAAAGAGAGCUGAAAAGACCGAAUCAAAGAAGAAAAAGAUUCUUGAACACGCCGAACAAGCUGCCCAACAAGCCCAACAAAAGUAAAUUGAUUCACACAUAUAAAAAACCAAAAUAUUUAAAAAUCAGUUAUUUCUUUGUUUGACUUGUUCAACAAGAAAAGAGUGCCGAUCACACUACUGAUGAUGGACCUGGAAAGUGAAUGAAAAAUAUAAAAUAGUAUUU